AUGGUAAGGCGGGCCCCGUCACCCACUGCGGCCGUCAGCCCGACCGCAGGACUUCACUAUGAGGCGCACGCGGAACACGGCGCCGCCGCCUCGAGGCCUGCUGCUGGCGUGCACCACCAGGGAGCUCUGCCCCGCAAUACGCACAUCCAGGGAUGUACAAGGCCACCGUGCGCACUGCCGCAGCUCCGGGAUGCCGUUGUCAACAUGGAGUUCGUCGCGCCUCGUCGAAUGACCAGCAUGAGGACUCUCGCCACGGCAUACAUGAGGGUUGGAUCCGCAACUGUACCCGUCCCAUAUGACCUGGGAGCAAACUCUGUGACCUGUAACCAUCUGACCAACGCUUCCUGCCCCGUAUCAUCAGGACAAACUUUACGUUACGCUCUCAGGAUCUUCAUUGAGGCCUUCUUCCCUGUGGGCACCGAGGUCACUGUGGAGUUCCGCAUUGUGGACCAGAGUAACUCUCCCGUCGUGUGCGUCCGUGUACCACUCAGAAUCGUCUCUCCUUAG